UCGGUGCAAAUCCAUUUUAAGCCAACCCCACCCCAUUCCUCCGCUGCCCCUUUUCCACUCGCUCAUUCUCUCGUGCUCCAUCGUUUGCCCCCGUCCCCUCACACCUCUUCGGAGCUCCCCAGGAAUGUUGCAUGGUGGGGUCUCCUUGAGCACCUAUGCUAUCUCAAGUUUCCUUUCUUAUCUGAUCAUAGCCAUAUUUUUACAUAUACAACUUGCUGUCUCGGUUGUGAUACCAAGUUCUAAUUGUUAUGCACUUGACAACAGCAGCCGGCUUGUUGAUUUUACAGAUUUGGUAGGCCAUGUCUUCGAGUAUGAACGGGAGGAUGCUGAUUUGGCUGUCCGGUUCUGUAAGGAUGUGGAGAGCCGAUCUCAAGCGGGGUAUGUUGAUUUUGGCCGUUAUGCAACUUUCGACUACUUUGUAGCUGGUUUAGGGCCUGUGGACUUUGUCCAGGGAUUCUACAAUGGGGACCUACUACAUUGUGAAUAUACGUUCGACAAAAUGGGUCGCACAGCCCAGGUGAAUAUUAUAUGCGGAAAUUGCUCUAAUAGAGCAUGUAAAGGUGAACUUGGCUGCAUAUGCGGUGUAACCUAUGAUAACACAAAGUGCAGGGUUAUUGUGGAACUUGCGAUUCCAUGCGUCAAACAUGGUUCCCGUGUAUUUAAGGGCUUCACUGUUGGGUUUCAUCCUCGAUCAUGGGAAGUUGUUUACAAUGGAAUGACUCAACUAGGUUUCGAGAAAUCUCAUCAUGAAUUCAGUUUUGGAACUGAGCAGACCCAUGUAUCUCUUUAUCUAACUGCGGUAUCUGCUCUUUCGGAUCUUAUCAGGAAACCAGUUUUUAAGGUUUACCCAGACAAAGGGCUAGAGGUCAGGUUGUCAGGCUCAGCAGCAAGUGGCAGUGCCCCAACAACUUUGUCUCCGACAAUUCUGAACAUAGACUGGAGAUGUGAAAUAGCUCGCGACACUCCUUAUGUAAUAAACAUAUCAAUCCCCGUAGAGGAUUAUGAUCCUAUUGAGUUCAUCCUCACUAAGUUAUGUGAUUAUAGGCAGGGUAGAGAAGGUGAAGCUACAAGAGGUUGGGCCACUUUUGGAGUUCUUUGUUGCAUCUUCAUUGUUUUAUUGAGUAUAUUUUGCUGUGGAGGAUUUAUCUACAAGACACGUGUGGAACAUCAGCGUGGUCUUGACGCCUUGCCUGGAAUGACCAUUCUAUCUGCCUGUUUGGAAGCUGUGUCUGGACCACAGGCCUACAGGCUAGGAGAGGAUGUUAAUGAUAAUUUCAUAAACCAAACAUCUUGGGAACAUGCGUCUGGUUCUGCACAGGGAACACAAAGAACAGUUGAGAGGAGAUACGGGUCAAUCUGAUAGAGUAUAUGCAUUAAAGCUGUUCAAAACAUCUACU